UCACCGCGGAGGUCUCGUGCCUUUGUGCAGCAGCGCGAGCGGCUCAGCGGUAAAAGUCCCAUCAAAAGGUACUUGUUAGAUUCCGGUUCAAGGUGGUUUCUGUCGCGUUGAUCCGGUCACGGUCUCUGGAGCGAAACGGACCCCGCAGACCGGGUCGCGAUGCCCGGGCUCAGCGGACUAGUUCUCCUGGGUCUCUGCCUGAACCUCCAGCCGUGCCGGACUCUCCCCACCCGGUCCCUCGCAGACCCGCUGGCGGACUACGACCGGCUGGACAUGGAGCUGGGGGGGCAGGGGGGGCAGGGGGGACGUAACGGGUCCAGCGGGGCGGGGGGCUGCGGGCCGUGCGAACCGGACCUGUGCCCUGAGACCCGGGGCUGCAGGGCCGGCAUCGUGCGGGACUCGUGCGGCUGCUGUCCGGAGUGCGCCAACCUGGAGGGUCAGAGCUGCGACCCGGGGGACCGGGCCGUUUCUUACGGGAUGUGCGGGACCGGGAUGCGGUGUCAGGUGGACCCACGGUCCACAGAAGGAGGGGAGGAGGAGGAGGAGAAGGAGGAGGAGGGGGAGGCCGUGUGUGUGUGUAAGGAGCAGAAGGUGGUGUGUGCCACGGAUGGAGUCACGUACAUGAACAUGUGUCAGUUCAGAGAGGCCACGUUCUCCAGACCGGACCUCAAGACCAGGGGGAGGGGGCCCUGCAAGACCGUCCCCAUCAUUAAGGUGCCCCCCCUGAGCCAGGUGAACGGGACAGGCAGGAGCCUGGUGUUCCUCUGUGAGGUCUUUGCGUUCCCCAUGGCGCUGGUGGAGUGGAGGAAGGAGGGCCGGGACGUUGUCCUGCCUGGAGACGACCCUCACAUCUCAGUCCAGUCAAGGGGGGGUCCCCUAAAGUUCGAGGUCUCCAGUUGGCUGCAAAUUGAGGGGGCGGGGCUAGAAGACGCAGGGACAUAUCGCUGCGUCGCCCGCAACAAUGUGGGAUCGGUGUCGGCCUCCGCUGUACUGGGAGUACUGGGAGAAGAGGAGCUGUCUUCCUACCUGGCCAAUAGCGUGUCAGAGAUGAAGCAGGUGAUGGACGAACACAACUUCCACUAAGCGCUGUGUGAUGUCACCGCCUGUCACAUGACUUCGUCCAUCAGAGACACUAAAGACAAUCUGCUUCAGGACAUCUUUGGUUUAUUAUUAUUAUUAUCUUAGUGAAUUCCUCUGUGACGUCACAGAGAAUCAGAAACAUGUCAAAUAAAUGUUAAAAUUACAAUGUGGUCACUGUCUGUCUCUCUGUGUCCUGUCUGUCUCUGUCUCUCUGUGUCCUGUCUGUCUCUCUGUGUCCUGUCUGUCUCUGUGUCUCUGUGUCCUGUCUGUCUCUGUCUCUCUGUGUCCUGUCUGUCUCUCUGUGUCCUGUCUGUCUCUGUCUCUCUGUGUCCUGUCUGUCUCUGUGUCUCUGUGUCCUGUCUGUCUCUCUGUGUCUCCACAACAAACACAAGAGAACAAAUUCAAACCACAAUGAAAAACACAUUUCACAAGAUGUUUAUUUAUAGUGUGUGUGGGCACUAAAUAUAUAUAUAUGGGGGGGGGGGGGCAGACUCACAGGCCCCCCCUUGAUGUCUUAAUGUGAGGCUCUAGAGGCCUCAUGGCACCGUGCUGCAGACCAGCUGAGGUUCUAUUGAUCUUCUGUGAUCAUAUAUCUUGAAUUUUUCGUGUUGACGUUGAAAAACAUUCACCUUUUUCUUUAAAUAUCCAUAAAGUUUCACUUUCAUGUUUCUUGUUCUUGUGAGUUUGUUUCCUCAUGGUUGAAAUGUACUUAUUGAUCAGCUACAUGACACGUGAUGAAUGGAAUGUAAAAUCUUUCACUGCAAAGUAAAGCCUGG